UCUGCCGAUUAUCUUUGAAAGCUGAAGCGGUAACAACAUGGCCGUGAUACAUUGAAAGAAAUGUCAGAAGCGAAAUAUACGUCGGGCGAACUGAGAAUACCCUGAGAAUUUGAAACAGAUAUGAUUAUCGUUUUGUUCCAUGUGCUUUAUCUUCUGGGGAGAAUCAUUUACAAUACUUUCCAAGGUAAACGAGCGACUAUUAUCAAGGAAGAGAUCAGCUUGGAUAUUGUCGAGAAUAGUGAGAACGAUUUUGAUUACAAGUUCUAUCAAUGCGAGAUUAUGGGUUUGAAAUUUUAUCCACCGGUUUACGUACAACGAUAUGUCGCCGUUCAAAAUGUACUUAGUAGUGAGCGUUACUCUGGAAAGAUUAGAAAGGUAGUAGACUUUGGCUGUGCAGAAUUGGCCUUUUCAGUCUAUUUGAAGAAUACUCCUGGAAUCCAAGAAAUUUUACAUGUUGACAUAGAUAAAGAAAUACUGAAUACAUACAAACAUAGAGUUGAGCCACUUCAUGCUGAUUUCUUACAUACCAGAUCAAUUCCAUUGACAAUUCGUCUUUAUGAAGGAAGUGUAACACAUGCUGAUCGAAAGUUGGAAAACUGUGAUGCUGUUAUUUGUAUAGAGCUAAUCGAACAUCUCUAUCCAGAUACAUUAAUGGAUUUCCCAUAUAAUGUUUUUGGAUACAUCAAACCUCGAGUUGUCGUUGUGACCACUCCUAAUGCGGAUUUCAAUGUCCUGUUCGAUAAUUUCAGUGGAUUUCGUCAUCCUGAUCACAAGUUUGAAUGGAGCAGAGAACAAUUCCGCGACUGGGCGGAGAACAUCGUCGCCAGGUAUCCAAACUAUGAGGUGACCAUCCAAGGGAUCGGUGAUGGUCCUGCAGGUACAGAGCACUGUGGUUCUUGUUCACAAAUGGCAGUGUUUCACAGACGAGAAGAGAUCAAUCAAGAGUGGAUCCUUGGAUCAGAAGGACUAUUUAAGGAAGUUGCCUGCUAUGAGUAUCCUUUUCAAAUGGACAAUCGUUCUGACGAAGAGAAGAUUCUGGAUGCAGCAACCUAUUAUAUUAGAUAUUUAUGUGGAGUAGAGGAGGAGGAACUUGCUCUGGAUAAACUUAUGAAUUCACUAGUGGCUUUUUGUAUCACCACUGAGUUACUUCGAGAAAUUUUGGUGAACGCUGGUUGGACAAUAGUAGAUCGACCAGAAGGACCUGUUAUACUGGUGCCCGCACGUUCCGUGUUCUCCGAAUCUGCAUUCGAUGAUGAUGAUUUUCUGGACCACGAGCGACCGCGUUGGGGCGAUGAAUGGAAUACUGAUGAAUCUAGUGUUCCCACUGAGUAUUAUGAUAAUAAUGCUGUGCCUGAAGAAAAUUGGGAUGACGACGAAAUGGAUCAGGGGGAUACCUUUAACGUUCAAUAUAGUGGCGGGUUUGCAGAAGAUGAGUUGAAUCGUUUCAGUCUUAAUUAUUAUGAUCAUAACGAUGAAGGUUUGGAUGAAUUCGACCAAGAACUCGUCAUAGAAAAGACUUACGAUGAUCCACAGCGUACUCAAGAAGGAAAUCAUUUUGAUCCUUAUAUGGAGAUGGAGCAUGAUAAUCAUGAAGUACAGGAUUUUGUUCCAGUUGAUUUUCAUAGUAUUUCAGAGGAGCAGGAAUUACCUAGUAAUUCCGUAACUAUAGGUUUGGAUCAAAUAGAUUUGGAUGAUUUGGAUAUCUCAAAUUCCAGUUUACAAUCAGAACCAAUUGUUAUGACAUCAAUGCCAUUUUCUAGCUACGGAGAGAAUUAUUUCUCAGGAGAAGAAAGCAGAGUAAGUUUUUACUUGAAAACGGAGCCAACAGACGAUCCAUUUUACAAGCAAAAAUCGGAGGAUGCGUUUCAGAGGAACAGAGGACUUUCAGAGGAGGUUUUUAAUGGAGGUACAACUUAUUCUCUGGAUAAAAUGAAUCUCCAUGACGACAGGAUGACAUCUCAACCACAACGGCCAUUACAAUUGACAACGAGUAGCGGUCUUAAGUUACUGUUUCCGCCAAUUUUGCUUAAGUCCAAAUCCAUUGAUAAUUCUGUGCCAUCGAUUUCCAACGAAAUUCAUAUUGAAAAUGGCAUCGAACAGUUGCCAAUUAGAAAUGGGGAAUCUAUUGAGUAUUCAUGUAUAUCUAACGCACAUUUAAAACACGAAGCAAAUCCUAUGCAAAGUUUAUCGUUAAAUAGUAUUACCAGUGACAUAAGCGGGCAACCACAAUUUACUAGUUCUCCGCGAGUUCUCCUAGAAUCAGAAGAUAAAAAACCUAUGAAGAGUACUACAGCUUUACUCGAGGAACAAUUAUGCGAGAGAGAACAAGCACAACUUUCUUCUAGUAGAACAACAAUGGAAUCCAGCAGUAAUGAAAAUUUAUUAGAAAAUAGUAGUCAAACUUCUCUAUUGGGUUUAAGUAAUACCAGUGAAUCCAGUAGUCUAAUUAUGGAAAAAUGGUAUCAGAAUGAACGUAUCCCUAUGUAUCAACAAGAAUGUGUGACAUUAAAAGGCGGAAAUGAUUUUUCUGACAAACCGGAAGAGACCACAUCUGACAGUGACGUUCCUGAAGAUACAUUUGCAGGAAUGUGUGAAUCGAAGGAAGCUGAUAGUCGGUGUAAAACUAUUAUAACGCAGAAGUGUGAAUUAGACGAACAUUCUAGUCAAGAUGGUAAUAACACCCUGUUGAAUAACAUCAAUGAUUUUUCAAAAGAUUCAAAAUGUAUAUUCAUUCCGGAAGAGGAUGCGAAAUCCGAAAACAAUCAAAGUAAUUGCCAAACGUGUUCCAAGAAUGUUCUUAUCGCGGACACCGUCUCAACGAAAGAAUCAAAAAUUCCAUGUGCGAGCCAAAGACCGGCUUCAAAACAAGAAAUCGCCGAAGUCAAGCCAAUUUCACCGGAAGCUUUAGAAACACCACCAAAUAGUUUCUCGCCAGAGAUUAUGGACUCUGGAUACCCAAACUCAGCAUCAGCACUAGACAUAACACCUGAAAACGACUUAUCAAGUAUUGCACACGACAGGAUUUCUGACUCUGAAUCACCCAGUGUAGCGGAGGCACCUAGACCAGGUUUUCUGGAGCUAGUCGAGGUUGAAAAUGGCGACCUCGCUAAUAACAACAGAGACGGGGAAGGAAAUAACAUGAUAGCCGUAGGGAUUAACGAUGUGGAAGAUCUUCAACCUCUGAUUGACGUAUUAGAAAAUGAUCUUGAGAACGAGAACGACAUUUACGUCCUAGAAAACGGAUUUCCAUUGUGGCUACUGCGUAUUUUAGAAAUGGCUAAUCCUGUGGAUGUCGAGGGUGGCUUAAAUUACCAACACCCACCUGAUGAACCUGCAGGUGGAGAUGCACCAGAUCUUAAUCUAGACCACGAUGAAGGCUUCGAUAGUAGUUCCUCCGAAGAGGACAGCGUAGUGGAGGAUGAUGAGGAUGACGACGACGACGACGACGUAGACGAUGCAACGACACCAAGUAGUGAUAACACUGAAGAUGAUAAUCCAGGAAAUCUACCAAGAGACUGGGGAGCUGGUGGAGAUCCUUGAAACAUCUCGUUGACAUCCUUUACACAGAGAACCUGUCCCUAAUCCUGUAUGUACAUAAGCGAAGGCUUUUGGCUUUCCUUUCUUUUUAAAAGCAAUGUGAUAUUCUCUUUGUUACUGUCAAAGGUUUGAUCUUGUUAUAGCUCAUCUUUCCGAGUUGUGUGAAUGUGGUGAGAAUUUGACAAUACGUCAGGGAGUUUGAAUGAUCGAUGAAUAUACGAAAGUAGAUUGCAACUCAUUUAGCGCGUAUUUGUCAAAUAUAAUAUAAAUAUAACUGUCGUAGUCCAUAAUUGAAAGUUCGUAUUACACGAAAUACACGGUAUCCAUUUCAUCUUUUUUUCUAAUACGCGAUACACACGCUUGGAUAACGAUUAAUUAUAUUAACGAUAAUAACGAUUAAUCGUUUACAGUAAUAAAUAAUUAAUCGUUAUCCAUAGAAAAGAUCUUGCCUUCGUUUAGCGAGCUUCCGGAGAAAUCUUUGUCUAACUGCGUACGAAUGUUCUUCCAAAAAAAUGGAAAAUUAGCCGUUACUGACAUGUUACUUAUUAGUCUCUUUUUUUUGUAUUCUUUAAACGUAUAAUUAAGAACAGCACAUAAGACAUAUCAAACUAUUUGCGUGCGUCUACGGCGAGCCGGAAAAAAAGAGCGAAAAGAAAGACAAACUAAAAAUAUUCCAAAGAUGACAAAGUCGCUCGUUCGAUACAAUAUAUUUUCGUACGAUCAUGGAUCCAUUUUUUCUAUACCGCUAGUUUUCCUCUGCGUGCAAUUGCGCACUUCUAGUUUUUAUCUGCGUGAAGAUAUAUAUGUAUAUAUAUUAUAUACGUUUCAUUAAUUCGCAUACUUUUUUUCACUCUAUUAUUUUUCCACGGCAAAGUGGAUACUUGUUAGAGUUUAUGAAUUUGUUACGAUUCGAUACAAAAUAUAUUUGCUCUCUAUGUUUUUAUUUUCUAUUUGUUUAUUUUUAAACGCGUGCGGGUUGUGCUUGAGAUUAUUGAAAGUUUUGACUAAUGUUUUCUAGAUUGGUAACGGAUUAAAAGAAAAUUUACCUUCUAUCGUAAGACUGAUACUGCAUAUCGUUCUAUUAGCGAAUGUACGAUUAAUCGUAAAAGAGGAUAGUAAUAACAACAACAAUAAUAUUAACAAUAAAAAUAUGAGUUACGUAA